CAGGAGGGAAGGUCUAUUUACGUUCAAGAUUCAACAUCCGGUGCCUGAUGGGUCUUGCUGGAUUUCUAUUGGAUUGGUCGCAAUCUGAUAGAAAUUCAGCAUUUUAGGCCUUCUGAGCAGCAGAGUUUUGUAUUAGGUAUAGCUUCCAUUCUGAUAAAUCCAAGAACAUGGAUCAGUUCUGUCAGAUUGGGGAGGUUGUGGGGAGCAUGCAGGCCUUAAUGGUGUUGAAGCACGACAUCGUAAUAAACACAAGGCAAUGUUGCUUUCUCUUCGACAUCUAUGUUCAGGCAUUCAACAAAAUCUCUGAUGAAAUCAAACAGCACUUAAGAUUAGACGAGAGGGGCACAAAGUGGAAACCGCUCGAGCGCCCAAUGAGAGAGCUAUACAGGAUUUUCAAGGAAGGCGAAUCGUAUAUAAUGAACUGCAUUGACAUCAAGAACCAGCUGGGGAAGGCUAUUAGUAUCCAUUCAAACAGAGAUUGCGUCGAGCUUCACAUUCACAACUUGCUCUCCUGUUUCGUGGUGGUGAUCGAGGCAAUUGAAGCAGCUGCCGAAAUCUCAGGUGGGCUCCAUGAAGAAGAUGUGCAGAAGAGGAGACUUGCACUCAUGAACAAGUAUGACACUACCAAGUGCAAUGACCCAACGCUUUUCCAAUGGAAGUAUGGGAACCAGUAUUUAGUAUCCCGAGAGAUAUGCAGCCGGUUGGAGUGCAUUUGGAAUGAAGACAGAUGGCUGCUUCUUGAGAUGUUGAGAAAGAUACAGAGCAAUAAGCUGGCGGAGAAGCUGAUCAUGAAGUUGAGCAGAGGAUUAGAGACAGAUACUAUGCUAUUACCAACUUCCCUAUUGUUGGAAGCAAGCGAUUAUCACGUGAAACGACGCAUAGGAUCAGGCGGGAGCCAUCUUAAGGAAAUCCAAUGGCUAGGAGAGAGUUUCGCACUGAGGACUUUUUACGGAGACAUUGAAGUGCUGAGACCGGAGAUCGCUAUGGCUAUGUCGAUGUCUCACCCAAAUGUGCUGCAAUACCACUGCGGAUUCUAUGAUGAAUCAAGGAAAGAGGGGUUUCUUGUGAUGGACUUGAUGAGCAAGAGUUUGGACAUUUUCAUGAAGGAGAAUUCCGGGCAAAGGAGGAGAAUGUCAUUUUCUAUCCCGGUUGCAGUUGACAUAAUGCUUCAGAUUGCAAGAGGGGUGGAGUACUUACAUUCAAGAAGCCUUUUCCAUGGUGAGUUGAAUCCAUCAAAUAUUCUUCUCAGACCAACAACCAACUCCUGCUCCUCAUCUUUGGAGAGUUAUUACUUCCAUGUGAAGGUAGCUGGCUUUGGUUUAUCCCUUCUGAAAAGCCAGUAUACUCACAGAAGCUGCCCAAGGGUAAGUGGAAUUGAUCCGGUGGUAUGGUAUGCACCAGAAGUUGUGGUUGAGCUAAGCAGCAGCAACAACACAGGCAACAUGAAGUACUCGGAGAAAGCUGAUGUGUACAGCUUUGGUAUGCUGUGUUUCCAGAUUCUGACAGGGAAAGCUCCAUUUGAGGAUGGGGUAGGCAGUGGGGAGAUAGUGCGGCCCCUUCAAGGAGAUAAAAUGGUACACAGUUUGAUGGCUGGGGAGAGGCCACUCUUCCCACACCCUUUCCCUAAAUUCCUCAUGAACUUGGUCAGGAAAUGCUGGCAAACCAGCCCCAACACACGCCCCGGUUUUUCUUCCAUUUGCAGGAUUUUACGAUACAUGAAGAAGGUCCUUGUUAUAAAUCCCGAGCAUGGUCAGCCUGGUUGUCCUCCUCCUCUUGUUGAUUACUGUGACAUUGAAGCUGGCUACUCCAAUAAAUUUGCUGCCAUAGAUGGCAUCACGCAAUCUGUUCCUUCUGUAUGUGAAAUACCAUUUCAGAUGUUUGCUUAUAAGCUUGUUGAGAAGGAGAAAACUUCAAGAAAUGGUGGCUUUCCAUUCACGACUCAAGGUCUGCCUGAUGAAGAUGAUCUCCAUGUCAUCAUGCAAAAUAAUGGUGGAACUCGUCACAGAAGAUUGGCGUGCUCGGAAGUUAUGGACAGGAAUGAUCUGGGAAUUUUUUCUGAUCAACGAUCUGUGGUCUCAGAGAUCCCACACUCAAAGCGCUUAUCUUCAGCUGAUCAAAUUUCAAUUCUAUCUGAUGAAACUACCUCAGCUUUUGCAGAUACCCCUGACUGGAGGCUACUCUCUGGGCUGCCGAAUGAUCAUCCAAGUGCGCCUUUCGUUGAGAGACGAAGAAGGAAAAGCCAUCAUUCAAUAUCCACAGAAAGCAGCAAUGAGACCAAGUCAGACAGAGGAAUGUCAUCAAAAACAAAAAUUCAGUGGUUGGCAAAUGAUGUUUCUCGAUCUACUGGGAAGAAGCAUUUAACAGCUGAGGUUGCGGGAAAGAAGAACCGUUUGACAACUAUUGACCCAAAACCUGCAUCAAAUCGUGAUGAUCAUGAGGCACAAGAAAAGAUAUCAUCAACAGAAGCUGGGUAUAAACCAAAAUGUUAUGGAGAGAAUCCAAAACUAACAACAGGCGUUACAACGACGCCAUUUCGUUCUGAAUCGACAAGAAAGAAAUUCUUAAGCAAUAUGAAAACCAAAUUUAGAUUAACCAAAAUCCCAGAAAAGAAAAUGCUCAGCUCAAUAAACCAUUCAUCAUCUACUCCCGAGGAUCCACAAAAAGCAACCACUUUAAAGCCAACCAAAUCGAAGCUCACACUGAAAAAUGCUAUAUUUAACAAUAGUUUGAAGAGCAAGCAAAAUGAAGCAGGCACAUCAAAAUGUCAAUCACCAGGAGCUUCACCUGCAAGGGUGAUAAGAACAAAUUCCUUGGGAAGAUUAUUUCAAUCCCCACUUUCUUCACCAGUACAUCCAUUAAAAGCAUCGUCACCAGCAAGAGCUACUCCCACGAGAUCCUUUAGUUUAUGUCCAUCUCCAAUCAUAAAAGGAAACAAACGCCGUUUUUGAUCCCAUAUAGACAGAUGAAUGUUGUCCGAUGAUGGAAGCACAAAUAUACGGAGUAUAUUUUUAUUUUAGACGUUGCCAUUUUUUUCCAGCACAUUGGUAUAUACUUUUUUUUAUUCACAGGUUCACCCUCCUUCCCCACUUCUGUAAGUGAAGGUCACAAAUAUGAAAUGUAAUAUAUUGAAUUUUGAAGAAAUGAUUUGCUACAACAAAGGGAAAUAAUAUGCCUCUUGAAGUUUUGGUUUUGUUACUCUGGUUCUAUUGUAAUUUGAGAUUAGAACACAAGUAAAGGUUGACUGACUAAAUCUUCCAAUAGUUUUUUUUAUAUAUAGGCAUCAAUACAUCAUUGUACUUUGAACAAUGACUCGGAUAGUGAGGCAAUAUAUGAUGGUGGAAUACUGCGCAAUGUCCGUUUCCAAUAUGUUAGAUUUUGUUUUUUGUAAAGUUAAGAAUUAGGAUGAUUAACUAGUAAUGAAUUUAAUUAAAAUUUACUCAGAGCAAGUUUACAGUUCAUUAAAAGGUUAUAUGAAAGAAUGCCUUUGGCCAUAUACAGGGGUCACAACAUAAGGAAUCAACUCACAUUUAGCAAUUGACAUUCAUUGCAGAAAAAUCCGUUCAUCUUAAUCCAUAUAUAGAGAAGAGUUUAAGAAAGAAAACCUCAGAUUAAUAGCUAAAGAGCAUAUGUAGAAAGAGAGGAAGGUUCGAAGUAAGGAUAUCUAGCUAUAAUACUGUGGCCAUAGACAAGAACAUUCAACUGCUGGGAGGUAACUGGAGGUUGUUGUCUAUGAUAUGGAACGGACUGGAUAGAUUUGGUGUCCAGGUUGUAAAAAUAUACCUCCCUGCUUUCUUCCUCGCGAAUAAGAACAACAGGAGCCUUCUUAUUAUUAAGAGGAAUGAAGGCUUUCACAUAAAUCCUCCUUGUCUCUGCUGAUGACACUAAGGCAGUGUCGUUCGUGAUCAAAUCAACACUGAUAUUGUACAUCAACACCCACUUUUGAGCAGCCACUGUACUUGGGCGCGGAUUAGCUCCAUCUUCACUGUCCUUUGUGACCAUGAAAACUCUCAUAGUUUUGGUAUCAAUGCCCCCGAACCAUAACAUGUCACCGUCCUCAAUUGAUGACCUUGUCAUAGCAGUGGUGAUGUAGUAAUGUGGACGAAAUUCAUUGUAGUGGUGCAUCUCGAUGAACUGGACUUGCUCUUCACUGGGAAGAUAAAGUGCUAGUGUUAAUCUGAACCCGUAGAUGUACCAGUGAAGGAUCAGUUGCAAACACAAUAGGAACAUAUUCUCCUGUGGGGACGAUCACUGUCGCUUCGGCGGCGGCCCAGAUGCCUGUCUGGGAAGAGUAAGUCACCAUCCUCAAAGUAGGCCUUUCCGGUUGUUGGGCACAACAAUCAGUUCGGACGACGAUGUACUUCGCUGCCAGUUCACUUUUGUUCUCUUGACACAUCAACCCGAUGGAUUUGUCUUCCCACGACGGUGGCGGCGGGGUGGCAACGACACAACCCGCUUUGUAAUCGGGUUCAGAACGUGGUACUUGUGUGACUCACGCUGGCCCGAAAGGACCAAACCAUUAGAGAAAUUUAUGGCUACGCAUAGUUCUAGUUCUAGAUACUGAUAUUGGGUUUUGCAAUUGCCUUAUUGCCGGGCAGGUCAAGACGUAGUAUGUUCAUCACAGAUUUCUUUCCGGGGGGAGGUAAUUAUCAGGCCGGGCUGAUGCACCUUGAAACAUGGCCGACAAACCAGCACCGCCGCGCCGACUCAGCCGGCUGUCGUAUCUCUGGAUGAAAAGGGGAUGGGAAAUCAAAUGAUUCCAUGACUUCGAUACAGGCCGGAAUCUGUAAACUGAUUUUGGAGGCAAACAGACUAGAAUUCCCGCGAUUAUUUGCUCAUCCAUGGCAGCCAGACCUACUUAUCGACGACUUAUGAUGAUGAUGAUGAUGAAGCUAAUUAUUAUUGAUCAAUUUGCUUUACAAAGA